AUGGAUCCGAUAACAGUUCUCAACCUUGCUGGGAACGUGGCACAGUUCAUCGACCUUGGCUGCAAGAUGUAUUCGAUGGGCAGUGAGCUCUAUCGCUCCGCUUCGGGACAUUUAGUCGAAGACGCUCAGCUGCAAUCCGCCUGCGAAUCGUUGGAGCUUCUUACGAGCCAGAAAGUGUCUACAAUCUCCAUCGGCGCUCCGACAGGCCAGCAAGUGCUUUCAGAAGCAGAGCAAGAACUUCUCAAAAUCGCUGGCGAAUGUCAGACAUUAACGAAAGAGCUUCAGCAAGUAUUCGCCCCGCUUAAGGUCGAAGAAGGGAAGACCGAGAAUUCACAUGUAUCGAAGACUUUUGCCAGAACAAGCACAAGCACCAUCCAAAAACGACUACGAGUUGUGCGGACUGUGUUGCGAAGGUUGAAAAAGUCUGGUGAAAUUGACCAGCUCUCGAAAAGGCUCGACGGUUUGAGAAGCAGACUGGCAACCUGCCUGCUAUAUCUGGUCCAUGACGAACAGUCAACCACCCACGUCUCCCUUCAAGCCAUGGCCGCCGACCAACGCAACCGCCAGACACACACAAUGACCGAGAUCCAACACCUCAACGCCCAGAACCUCGAGAUCCUCCAGCAGCUCACAAGCCUCCAACGAGCCACCUCAAGCAUGGCAAAGACCCUCAGCCGCACCCCACCACAUCAUCCCCGGCGCCUCCCGCGCGGCGACCCAGGAAGAUCCCAAGCCCAAGCCCAAGCCCAAGCCGGCCUCGACAAAAUCUCCUCCCAGCUCCUCGCCUGGAUCCAGCAAAGCGAAGAAACAGCCGCCCACCAACGCCUCCUCCGCAGCCUCCACCACCCCUCGCUCGCGACCCGCCACGCCGCCAUCCCGGACGCCCAGGCCCACACCUUCGAAUGGGUCUUUUCCGCACCCCCAUCCUCCCCCAACUCCUCACCCAACCCCCCCACCACCUUCCCCGCCUGGCUCGCCCACCCCCACCCCACCGCCCCCUUCUGGAUCGCCGGCAAGCCCGGCUCCGGCAAAUCCACCCUCAUGAAGUUCCUCCACAACCACCCCCAAACCGCCGCGGGGCUCCGCGCGUGGGCGAGGAGCGGCGAUGCGCACACCAAAACCGACAACACCAACGACGACAACGACGAAAACGUCCCCACCAUCAUCACAGCCGCCUUCUUCUUCACCAAAGCAGGCAGCUCGCCGCUGCAGCGCUCGCCGGAGGGCCUGCUGCGCGCGCUGCUGAGCGAGGUACUGUUGAGCGCGCGGGGAGAGCUCGGCGCGCGGCUGGCGCGCGUCGCGUUUCCGGAGCGGUGGGAGGAGGCGCUUAUAGCUGGGUCGGCGACGGCGACGGCGAUGUGGACCUGGACGCGGGAGGAGUUGCUGGAGGGGUGGCGGCGGGUGGGGAGGGCCAGUGGCGUCUUUCUGUGGGUGCAUCUGGUGGUGAAUUCGCUUUUGGAUGGACUGCGGAAUGAGGACCGGUUGUCGGACCUGGAGAGGAGGCUUCGGCUCCUGCCGAUAAGUCUCGAGGAGUACUUCCUGCAUAUGUGGAACAACCUUGGAGACGCGUACCAGCAACAGGCUGCCAGAACGCUCUGCGUCGCCCUGGCAGCGGACAGGCCGCUCACUCUGAUGACGUACUCGAUGUUGGAUGAGGAGGAAGAUGGGUUUUCCAUCAAAUGGGAGCCGCGGCCAAUGACUCAAGACGAGCUGAUCCAUCGCCAUCAAGUCAUACAAAAGAGACUGAACGCAAGAUGCAAGGAUUUGCUCGAGGUGAAAGCGUGUUGGACCGGCAAGCAAACAUUCCCACCAAGAAGCCAGCGGAGUCCAGAGAACGAGGCGAGCGCCCGUGAGUUCUUUGCCUACCGCGUCGAGCUCCUGCACCGCACCGUGGUCGAGUUUCUCACCUCUGACGAGAUGCAGGAGCGACUCCGUGCUCAGCUUCCAGCAGAUUUCAAUCCUUGGAAGCAGCUGUGUCACGCCUACCUGGGCCAGAUCAAGAGGGUAUCCACCACGCCGCGAAACGUAUUCCACAACGGUCCAAUGUCGAGCCUGGUCGAGGACCUCGUCGAUUGCGUCCGUAAAAUCGCAACCGGACCCGAGCAUCGUCAGGAACAUAUCCAGCUUAUGCUGGAACUGAGAAAAGUCAUGGGCGAAUGUGAGGAUGAAACGGCCACAAAGGCGAGCGUUCUGCUACUUCCGGCUCUUGGAGCAGAACAGAACUCGACCGGCUCAUUGGAGCUCGACUUCCUGGUAUACUGCGUUCGGAAGGGGCUCAUUGUUUUUGUCCAAGACCAGCUCCAGCACGAGUUCCGCUCGAUAACACCUCAGGACUGUUCUCUGCUCAUCCGAGCUUCGCUCCAUCUGUCAGAAUCAUCGUCAAGUACGGGCAUACCAGAUCCAGCUAUGCUGCUGUUGCUCCUCGAACACGUGGACCCAAGCCAGAGAACUUCAUUACAGGCCAUCUGGAACGAAUUCCUGUCGGAAGCUGCCAGUCGAUGGGAAGAGUAUCUGAUAUCCACUCGCAUAGUCACCAGCCAGAUCAUCAACAUCCUCCUCGACGCCGGACUUGACGGUGUCGAACCAGGCACCUCACAAAUCCUGCCCUGGCCCGACGUCCUCCUCAUGUCAAGAAGCAACUGGACAUCCGGCUCAGAGCGGCUUUGCGAACUUAUCUGCAGCGCUAUAGACAAACUGCUCUCGAGAGGGACUGACGUCAAUGCCGUGUACAAAGAUGGCACGCUGUGGGAACACUUCGUCGGAAAUAUGGCCGACCGAUCAAUCGACGUACAGAUCCGGCGUCGUCUGCACGGCAGCCUUCGUGUUUUCGUUGAGCGAGGGGCAGACAGUAAGAUUCGCUGGCGGAGAGACGGGAUUGGUGCGGCAUGUCAAGGUGAAGUCGUUGAGCUUCUUCUGAAGGUUUACUCCGACGCGGAACUUGCGCAAAUUGGGUUGUGCAGAGAAAACAGGUCGGCCCGAGGAGCUGGAAGGCUGGGGGAUUCGGAGCCGCGGAAGAGUGGCGGAUUUGGGUUAGCCGGGUCCAUGUGGUCUGCGUGGAGCACAUGGUUCGGGCCGCAUGCGGCGUAG